CAGGACUGCUGCUGGCCUCUUCUCGGCCUGCACUUGAUUGUCUUCAUCUGUUGUUGGUAUCUGCUCGAGACCGAGAGACAUGCUUUCUGCUUGUUGAUCGCGGGUUCUGAGUGUAUCGGUCUUCUUUCGCCGCGGAAAAAUAGCUGUACCAAGAAUCGAAGGCCUUUCAGUCCUCAAUUCAGUGCACAGUGGCAUAGCCUGUCGUCAAAAUGUCUACGUUGCCCCCGCUCGACGGGCUCAAUCUCAAUGGCGCCUCUGAUCGCAAUAAGAAGGUCGCUUACUUCUACGACUCGGAUGUGGGCAACUAUGCCUACGUUUCCGGUCAUCCGAUGAAACCUCAUCGUAUAAGGAUGACACACAGUCUGGUCAUGAACUAUGGUCUGUACAAAAAAAUGGAGAUUUAUCGCGCGAAGCCAGCCUCCAAGUACGAGAUGACGCAAUUCCAUACAGAUGAAUACAUCGAUUUCCUCUCAAAGGUUACUCCUGACAAUAUGGACCAAUUUUCGAAAGAGCAAAGCAAGUACAACGUCGGUGACGACUGCCCUGUUUUCGACGGCCUCUUUGAGUUCUGUGGCAUCAGUGCUGGUGGAAGCAUGGAGGGUGCAGCGCGCCUCAAUAGGAACAAGUGUGAUAUUGCAGUCAACUGGGCUGGUGGCCUCCACCACGCGAAGAAAAGCGAAGCUAGUGGUUUCUGCUACGUGAAUGAUAUCGUUCUAGGUAUCUUAGAGCUGCUGCGGUUCAAGCAGCGAGUCCUAUAUGUGGAUAUUGAUGUUCACCACGGUGACGGAGUGGAGGAAGCAUUCUAUACUACGGACCGCGUUAUGACCGUCUCCUUCCAUAAGUAUGGUGAAUAUUUCCCUGGAACCGGUGAACUCCGUGAUAUCGGUGUCGGACAGGGCAAAUACUAUGCUGUCAAUUUUCCUCUCCGGGAUGGGAUCGAUGAUGUCUCCUACAAGAGUAUCUUUGAGCCUGUCAUCAAAAGUGUCAUGGAAUGGUACCGUCCCGAAGCUGUUGUCCUGCAGUGUGGAGGCGACAGUUUGUCAGGUGACCGACUGGGUUGCUUCAACCUGAGCAUGCGUGGCCAUGCCAAUUGUGUUAAAUUUGUCAAGUCCUUCAACCUCCCCACUAUGAUUCUCGGAGGCGGUGGCUAUACAAUGCGCAAUGUUGCACGAACUUGGGCGUUCGAGACUGGUAUACUUGUGGGCGACGGGCUUGGACCCGAACUUCCUUACAACGACUACUAUGAGUACUUCGGCCCUGACUACCAGCUUGAUGUCCGUCCGUCGAAUAUGGACAAUGCGAACACGAAGGAUUAUCUUGACAAAAUUCGCACUCAGGUCGUUGAGAAUUUGAAGCGUACUGCAUUUGCACCGUCCGUUCAGAUGACCGAUGUGCCCCGAGAGCCGCUGGUGGAAGGCCUGGAUGAUGAAGCUGAUGCAAUUCUUGAUGACCUCGACGAAGAUGAGAACAAGGACAAGCGCUUCACGCAGCGACGAUUUGACAAGUUUGUUGAGAAGCCCGGAGAGUUAAGCGACAGCGAAGAUGAGCAAGAAAACGCUGCAAAUGGCAUCCGUCGCCAGCCCGGUGCCUUGAAGCGCAGGAACCAAGUGAAUUAUCGCAACCCCGAGGAGUCUGGCCUUGACAGCGGCCUCGCCACCCCUCGUGAUGCCUCCUCGGUUGCCGAUGAUGAAAUGGAUAUCACUGCUGACGUUAAAAUGGGCGAACCACUAGAGCAAGAUAUUGAAGAUCGCCGCUCUCAAUCCGCUACUGAACUGGCCUCAAAGCCCAAAGAGACCCCCACUGCGGAGGAAGCGACAGGCCUGACGGUUGAUGGACAGGACAAGAUUCCUUCUGCUUCGGUGUCUGUACAACCUACCCCUGCCCCUCAAGAUGACGAUAUUGCGAUGGAAGACGCGGCCGCUGUGCCGCCCUCGGAGGUCGAGAAGGCUGGAGAAUCCCCCAGCGCCGCACCGGAACAAGGAGAGACCUCCGAAGAAACAUCCGUCCAGGGUCAAGCGGUUGAAAGACAACCGUCGCCGGCCAAGAGACAGACCCCUUCCAAGGAGACCACUGAGCCUGCAGAGACUACUGACGCGGAAGCGACCGUUGAGCGUUCAACAGAGGAGCCUGUCUCAUUGAUAAAAGAGGAAGAACCCUCCAAGGAAACUCAUUCCGAGGAGGCUACAGAACCUCCCAAGAGCGAAGAACAGCUUCCUCACUGACUGCAGUGACCUCUGCUUCCUCUUUCGUGCAGGUCACUGGCGCAACGGCAGGUUUGGUGUUUCGGUCGGCAACUUCUUUGUAUUAUGCUACUACCCGAAGGUUCAUGAUUUUCUUUUUUUCUCUCUU